AAUCCAUUUCGUGGGAACAAAAUCUUCACUUUUUAAAUUGUACGGCUUUCCCAUUGCUAGAGCCAGCUGAAGAGGCCCAACCAAAGAACAAUAAUAAUAAUAUAAGAUUUAAAAAAACCGAUCGAAUAAAGGGAAGUGCAAAAGUUAGAAUAAUGAAUUUGUUUAAUUAUGAACACAAAUGAAACGGACGAAAUGGCAUAGAGAGGCAGUCACUGAUCUACUGGCUCCUCAUAUCGUAAGCAACAGCGUCUAGUCUAGUCUAGAAAUUAAAGAAAGAAAUGGCUCCUCCUCCUAAGCAAAUCUACUACUCAUCAUCCGCCAUUGUCUCUGCCGCUUAUUGCCUAAUUUUAAUAAUGUCAUCAUGUUUGAUCUUUCAAUUAUCCCAUAGCUCCUCGCAGGGUAAUGUUGAUGAAGAACCCCCAGCCGCCGCCGGUUCUUCCGACGAGGUUAGUUUCCGGCCUACGACGGCAUUUGAUGAGGAUUUGGAUGAAGAAGAGAGAGUUAGUGUGUCCUUGUACUACGAAUCCCUCUGUCCCUACUGCGCAAACUUCAUUGUGCAUAAGCUGGUGAAGUUGUUUACUACAGAUAUUGGGUCCAUUGUCAAUCUCAGGCUCAUCCCUUGGGGUAACACCCAAACAGCAACCACUAACAACGCCGCCUGGAUUUGCCAGCAUGGCAGUGAUGAGUGUCUGCUGAAUCUAGUGGAAGCCUGUGCCAUCAGUUCAUGGAAUAAUAUGGAGAUGCAAUUCAGGUUGGUAUAUUGCAUAGAGCGUUUGCAUCUAGAGAACAGACAUAGUGAAUGGGAAUCUUGCUUUUCUGGCACGGGAUUGAGUUUGCUUGCACGGGUGGAUAAAACCAGCGACGACUCGGGCAUGGGCGGCAAACCGCGUGGACCCGAAGCUUCUCACGGAGGUAAUCCCAUCUCUAAGCUUAAGAUUGAUAUGCCGAAGUGCGAUGGGAGUGAUCCGCUAGGCUGGCUGUUUAAAGAUCAAGAAUACUUUACUUUUUAUGGGAUUCCGGAGGAGUCUCGGUUGUCGGCCGUAUGCCUCAUGCUUGAGGGUGCGGCGUUGGAUUGGUUUCGGUGGAAACAGUGUAAUCAUCUCUUACCUUCAUGGCCUGAUUUUGUCACCAAGUUCAAACUCCGGUUUGAUCCGCUUAAUUACGUCGACUAUUUUGGGUUACUCUCUAAAGUCCGUCAAACAGGAUCGGUUCUAGAUUAUCAACAGGCCUUUGAAAAAGUCUUGGUGAAUGUCACAGAUUCUCUCUCGGCAUCAUUCGCUUUGGCACGUGAAUUGGAGGCCAAACACGCUGCCUGGGCGUCCUCUAUCCUUGCUCGUCCUACUUCGUGGGGGAAACCCGGACAACUCAGCUCCACCCCGCCACUCUUGCCAACGCCAGGGGCCAAACCAACCACUGCCACGCCACCAACACAACCACCAAUUCGGCGUUUAUCACGAGCAGAAAAAUUGGAACGGGAUGCCAAAGGAUUAUGCUACAAUUGUGACGAAAAGUGGACUAAAGGACAUUGUUGCGGUCGCUUCCUUCUACUCAUUGAAGACGAGGACGACGCGGACGACCAGCAGCCCUUGGAUGUUACGGUGCUUGCUGCUGAUGUCUCUUCUUUGAAUAGCAUGGCCGGUGUUACCACCCCCCGUUCCUUGCGACUAUCCGGCAUGCUUUCGGAGUCUGUUGUGGAAGUUCUCAUCGACGGUGGCAGUACCCAUAACUUCAUCCAUCCAUCAAUUGUGGAGAGGUUACACUUAACCGUUCAUGAUGUUCCAGCCUUCCGGGUUUAUGUGGGCAAUGGGGCGUCUUUGGUUUGCAACAUGCAGUGCCGCGACCUCCAACUCCUUCUCCAAGGCACGGUUUUUCCAGUGGACGUGUACGUACUGUCCAUCCAUGGGCCGGACAUCGUACUCGGUGUGCAGUGGCUUCAACUGUUGGGACGGGUCACUCAUGAUUAUGCAAAGCUCACGAUGGAAUUUUUAUGGCAGGGCGAACCCUUCGCGUUAUGUGGUGGCACCCAAACCCCGAAGGCAGUCACGGUCCAUCACUGCCACGCCUUGUACGUCAAACAAGAAAUUGCGGCAUGUUUUGAGAUCACCCUAUCUGACCAUGUCUCGCAGAACAGUAGCUCUGAUUUUAAUCUACCCGACCACCUGCCGGCCGCGAUCAGGGAGGUCCUCCUCCGUCACCAGUCCGUGUCCGACAUGCCAACCGGGCUCCCACCGCGGCGCUUGGCAGACCAUCGCAUAUUUUUACAGCUGGGUUCGGAUCCUGUGAAUCCCAUAACGGAGAUUUUGCAGCAGAUUCGAGCGGAAAAUAUGUCCCAACCGGACCUGGUGCGUCUGCAUGCAGCUCAUCGGGGUGGUUUGCUACAGCCCCCCUACACUGUUGAGGAUUGUCUCUUAUUUUAUAAUCGCCGUUUGUGCAUCGACGCAGCUUCGGAUUUGCGGACAGCCCUACUUCGAGAGUACCACGACACCCCAACAGCGGGCCAUGCCGGGGUCUCUCGUACUUUCCAACGUCUGGCCGCCAACUUCUUUUGGCUCAACAUGCGCCGAGAUGUCCGUCGCCACAUCGGGGGGUGCGUGAUCUGCCAGGCGACCAAGUUUUCUACCCAACCCCUGGCCGGACUUCUUCAACCACUACCAAUUCCCCAUCGGGUGUGGGAGGACGUGAGCAUGGAUUUCAUCACCGAUCUUCCGGUCUCUCGAGGAUACUCAGUUAUUUUGGUGGUCGUGGACCGGUUCUCUAAAUAUGCACAUUUUGGUCCCUUACUCGCCAACUACGACGCACAUCGCACAGCUUUUCUCUUCGUCGAUAUGGUUAUCAAAUUGCACGGUUUUCCCCGCACAAUUGUGUCGGAUAGGGACAAGAUUUUCACAAGCACUUUCUGGCGAGAAUUACAUCAUCUCAGCGGCACUACCCUCAACCAACAGUAUUCCUUGAACACCAGCUACCACGCGGGCAUCCGCACCACACCGUUUCAGGCAGUUUACGGUCGCCCACCCCCUGAGUUGGUGCCAUACCGCGUCGGGACGAGCCAAGUGGCGGCAGUUGAGGAUGUGUUGGCCGAACGGGAGGCCUUGAUACGUCAGUUGAGGGAUAAUUUGAAGGUAGCCCAAAAUCGAAUGAAGGUGUUGGCAGACACCAAACGUCGGGAGGUGACAUAUGCGGUUGGCGAUUGGGUCUUAUUGCGCCUCCAACCGUACCGACAAUAUUCGGUGACACGGCGUUCAUCUCAGAAGUUGUCUCUCCGUUUUUAUGGGCCUUUUCAGAUCACGGAGCGAAUUGGGGAAGUGGCUUACUGUCUGCGUUUGCCGGAGACAUCCAAAAUCCACCCGGUUUUUCAUGUAUCGGUGUUGCGUCCAUACCGAAGCAAUAGGCCAGAGGUGAACGUUCUCCCCCUCCCAAAAACCUUGCUACACGGCUGUCCUAUUUCCGAGCCGGUGAAAGCACAUGCGUCGCGUCGGAUAUUACGUCAUGGGGUGCCCGAGGAUCAAUGGUUGGUUAGUUGGAACGAUGGAUCGUUGGACGAUGCUACAUGGGAGCCGGUCACCCUACUCCGGGAGAAAUUUCCCCAGCUCCACCUUGAGGACAAGGUGGCCAUUGAAGGGCGGGGGAAUGAUACGACCACGGAGGCGCAGGUCGUAGGAGAGGAACCAAGAGGUGAAACGACGACAACGGAGCCGAGGAGAAGUGGUCGGCUAGAGGAGGCAUAUGGUGCUGAGACAGCUAGUCUUAACCCCACCCACAGGUUUGUGCCAUGGGUUGUGGUGAACAAUCAGCCUCUUCAAGAAGAUUAUGAAAACUUUGAAUCAUAUAUCUGCCGAGCGUACAUGGGAAGCAGAACUCCAGAGGCUUGCAAGCAGUCAUUUUCAUCCGCAGUCAAUAUGGUUAAGAAAACGAGCAGCUCCCCUCUUCGAGUCUGUGUUCGGGAAUAACAUGUUCUAGAGUUCUCUUUUUUUUUUCUUUUUUUUGAGUGAUAUGCGGAGAAAUGUUUUUCUAUAUUUUUUUUAGGGAUUUAUUUUUCUAUAUCAAUUAUGCAGUGGUUAAAUAAUUGGGAGUACAAAGUACUCAAUAUUAAAAAAAUUUUAAAACUUUGUUCUGUAUCACUUUAAUGAAAUUUGUUUAUUUGA